UAGCGUGUCAAAAAGUGGAGCAUGAUUUUGCUGGAGUGCCAUGCGGUAUAAUGGACCAGUUUAUCUCAACUAUGGGGAAGGAAGGCUGUGCUCUUUUGCUUGACUGUCGCAAUCUUAUUAUUAAACAAAUACCUAUGUUGCACCUAGAUAAUUACGUUUUUCUUAUAACGAAUUCAAACAUACCGCACAAAUUAAGUUCGAGCGCCUAUUGCGAGCGUAGAAAUUGUUGUUACGAAGCCGCAAAAAUUUUAGGCAAGAAGAGUUUGAGAGAUGCAAAUAUGAAUGAUAUUUUAGCGUUAAUAUCGCAAAAUGCAUCCGAUUCCAUUGUGAAAAGAGCUCGUCAUGUGGUCACAGAAAUUCAACGAACUCUGGACGCUGCGGUGGCACUUGAGAAAGGUGACUUUCAGCAAUUUGGGCGAUUAAUGAAUAAAAGUCACGAUUCAUUGCGUGAUGAUUACGAGGUCUCGUCCAAGGAACUUGAUUCACUUGUCUCGGCAGCUAGAGAAGUAGACGGUGUGUUAGGAAGCCGCUUGACAGGCGCAGGCUUUGGUGGUUGCACCGUAACUUUGUUGAGAAAGGAUGCGGUUGACAAAGCAAUCCAGCAUAUAAAAACGAAAUAUUUCGGCACGCUUACAUUUUACAUAGCGACUCCAUCUGAAGGCGCUCAAGAAAUCAACUAAUAUUGACAUUAAUUUCUUAAAUAUACAUGGGCGUAGUUAGAAUUUUGUUAGAAAGGAGAGGGGCUGAAUAUUUUGGAGAAAGACAUCAUCACAUGUCAGAAAUGAACAAAUAAACAAUAUUCU